AUGGAUGUAUACUACGCCUUCGCGCCGCUUCUCAGCUUGUCGAUAGAACAAAUGGCGAAGAAGUCGAGAGAGACGAGAAAGCGGCAACUCGAGUUCGAUCUACAGAGAGAAAAGGAACAGAGGGGAAAGCUGCAAAAGAAGAAGGAAGAGAAGUCGUUGAAGAUGAAGGUUGAUUCCAAGUCUGGUGUUGCUAAGAAGAAAAAGGCUUCAAAGUUUCAGCUUCGGGUGCAGAAGAAGCUUCAGCUAAAAAUAGGAAAGCGCGCAGCGCAUAAACAGAUGAAGGAAGCUGCGAAGGCUUCAAUGGACAUAGAAUAA